AUGUAAUAGAAGCAAUAAUUUUGUGAUGUGUUAUGGUUGAGUAUUCUCUGUUGUUAAUCCAGACAUCCAUCAGUUAGUAUAAAGAGAACGGACCUAAGGUUCGGAACCGAGUGGAGUUUCGCACAUAAUGUGUUUAUUAGCGUAAGAUUCAUAUUGUUCGCGGUAUUUGAAUGGAUAUAUAAAUAAUACUUCAAUAGAAUACACGGUUUUUUAGAGUUUAUAAGUGAGUGAUAAGAACUUUGAAGGAUUAUUGCGCUUCCUACCGCCAGCUCAUAUCGUUCGUCUUUUAUUUUUUUGUGAAUUUUAUUUACUUUUAAUUUGUUUGAAAAAUUUCCAUUUGCAACUUUUUUUUUGCAAUCUUUGGCAGCAAGACUUAUGUUGGUGAUUUAAGGAAAAGAAUAAAAUAAAAUUAAAUAAAAUUAAUAAUAGCAAGAAGAGGAAUAACUUUCUUUUUAAAUAUGGGUAUACGUGAUCAAUUGAAAGUAUUUCGACGAAAUCGAUCUAAAGAACCCAAUCGAAGACGAUCAAUAUUUAAUUUAGUUGAACCGAAUCAAAUAACAGAACAGUCAUUACAAGUAUGGCGAGAAUUACCGGAGCAAAUACGACAGGAUCCUAGUUUGGCAUCUUUUCAAAUUGAAAAUGAUCGUUUGCAUGGUUCGUCUACACCAAAUGGUGAACGAUACGUCAGUUCUGGUGACGAAAUCGAAUCAACUCUGGAUGAAAGCAAAGAUGAAUCAGAAUAUAUCAAUCUGAAAAGCUACAAGCGUAAAGGUCGGCUUACAAGUUGUUCUUGUGAGGAAAAAAGUCCAAACUGUGAAAAUCACAAUUCAAUCAUUGACCAUCAAUCCUUAAAUGAUACUGAAAUAACAAAGAAGGAAGUUCAAAAGGAAAAAUUUAUCAAAAAAACUUGUCUAUUGAUAUUUUGGUUCCUUUCAACGAUAAUUUUGAUAACUACCCAUGAGAAACAUCUGAUUGAACAGCAACUUUCAGUGCCUGAAUAUGAAGAAAAGCUUUAUUUCCUUCCAAGGAAUCCCAGUGGUAAUUUCAAAAUCACACUUCUGGGUGCUUUUGCGGAGCCGUAUAAUCUAACCGGAGACUUUUUGACAGUUCAAUUACAAAUAGUAAAUUCGAUGUCUUGGAAUGACAGUGAAAUUUCUGAGGAUAUACUUAAGCCAUGGAUUGUGCCAAUUGUUUCCGAAAACGAACACGACUCGACUGCUAUGAGUUUAAGAAAUCACACGUUCUACAUAAGUCCUGAUAUAAUUAUGCAAUUAGAAGAAGACAAUAACACUCGUUUGAGAUUGAAAAUGUUUACAAAUGAAUCAUCAUCGGGUUUUCCAUUGAAAAUUUUCUAUGAUCCUUUAGUGAUAAAUAUUGAAGAAGGAAUUAUUUUAUCUACUUUGGUAUUAUCAGUUUUUUAUGCUCUACUUGUUUGGGAGGUUUUUCAUAGGACAUUUAUAGCAAUAGUUUGCUCGACUGCUUCAAUUGCAAUUUUAGCUUAUGUAGGUGAUCGACCGACAAUGGAAGAAAUCGUCGUUUGGAUGGAUAUGGAAAUGUUAACAUUGCUCUUUUCGAUGAUGAUACUUGUUGCGAUUCUAACGGAAACUGGAGUUUUUGAUUAUUUGGCAGUCUUGACUUUUGAGAUUUCCGGCGGUAAGAUUUGGCCUUUAAUAUACAGCCUUCUCAUUACUACAUGCUGCAUAUCGGCUGUCCUAGAUAACAUGACAACUGUUCUACUAAUGACUCCUGUUGCAAUAAGACUAAGUGAAGUUAUGGAAAUCGAUCCUGUGCCAGUACUAAUGGGUAUCAUAGUUCACGCCAACAUAGGCGGAGCAAUAACUCCCAUUGGUGAUCCCAUUAGCAUAAUAGUUUGCUCAAAUCAUUUUAUAUCAAGAAAUGGAGUAACAUUUUCUAAGUUUGUAGCACACUGUCUACCGGGAGUAGUUCUAACUGUUCUCUUUAGUUGUCUUUAUAUGAGACUUAAAUUUUGUGAUAUUAAUUCUUUGCGAGUUAGAGAACCAAAAGCCUUGAAAGAACUUCGUCGUGAAAUCAUUAUUUGGCAGAGAGCAGCAAAUUCAUUGGCAAACUAUUCGAAAGAUGUAGAUUUGGUUCGUGAGACAUUGAUGAAGAAAGUUGACAUUUUGAAGCACAAAUUGAAGAAGAAGCAAGGUGGUGUUGGAUCAGAGGAUGCAUACAUUCAUACAUUGGAAGAACUUAAGGCAGCCUACCCAAUUCGAAACAAGACGCUGCUGAUUCAAUCGGGCUUCACUUUGGUCUUUGUGAUUUCUAUGUUCUUUGUUCAAUCCGUGCCAAGUUUGCAAACUCUUCCACUGGGCUGGGUGGCGCUACUUGGUGUUGUCUUCCUGAUGAUAAUUUCCAGUCGCAAUGACAUGGAUGCUAUGGUCCAUAGAAUUGAGUGGACAACGUUGCUCUUCUUUGCAGCCAUGUUUGUUAUCAUGGAGUGUGUAGAGAGGCUUGGACUUUUUGUAUGGAUCGGUAAUCAAACAGAGGAUGUGAUCCUGCUUGUGAGCAAGGAGAAUCGAUUAGCAGCGGCAGUUUUCAUUAUUCUAUGGAUCUCAGCGAUGACUUCUGCUGUUCUUGAUAGUAUUCCAGUAACAGCUAUGAUGGUUAAGGUUGUAGUAUCGCUGGUGGCAAAGGACACUUUAGGGCUUCCACUUCAACCACUUGUCUGGGCAUUAGUUUUUGGAUGCUGUUUAGGAGGAAAUGGGACACUUUAUGGAGCUUCUGCAAAUGUCUUAUCAGCUGGAACAGCUGAACAACAUGGAUACAAAAUUACUUUUACAAGAUAUUUGAAGUUUGCUUUCCCCAUGAUGAUUGGACAAGUUGCAGUUAUUACAUCGUACUUAAUGGUGGCACAUAUUUUUUAUGAGUGGCAUUAAAAAUAAUGGUUUUUAAUCUCUGUUAUA